CGAGUCUUGCAGCUAGCAGUGCAGACAUAACCCAUAACCUCAUACUUGUUGUAGCCAGAGAUCACACAAUGACAAGUCUCACUUUUGUCUCACUUUUCCUUUUAACUAUCCUGUCUACAGCCUCGGCUCAAGGUGGGAUAGCGAGUUGUUGUCGCAAAGUCUCAAAAACUCAAAUCCACCGAGAGCAGCUGAUGAGUUACUAUGUACAACAUAAAACAUCAUGCCCUCUACGUGCAGUGGUAUUCACUACAAUGACCGGCAGGAGAAUCUGCUCUGAUCCUGAGAGGUUGUGGACAAAGACCAGCACAGCCUUCCUAGACGGGAAGAACUAUACUCGCCAACGCGCCUUAAACGGCCACUGACACAAUAUCCAUCUAUACACAAAAAGAAAGAACUCCUAAAAAUAAAAUUAGAAGUUUGAGUAUCAAUGACUUUGAAUGUUUUGAUAUUGCUAAUACCUUACCUCAUUCUAGUAAAGCUAUAUUGGCAUCUUUUUUUAUA